AUGAAACUGUUUCUUGUUAUAUUCUGCGUUAUAGCAUCACUUACCAGCCAGGCGCAACAGCGACCCAAUAUCGUCAUCAUUAUGGCGGAUGAUAUGGGCUAUGGUGACCUGGGCUGUUAUGGCGCACAAAAGAUAUCCACUCCUUCUAUUGACAGCCUCGCCAGGCAAGGCAUGCGUUUUACCGAUGCGCAUACGGCUUCUUCGCUUUGUUCGCCUUCCCGCUACAGCCUGAUGACAGGACGUUAUUCCUGGCGAACACAUUUGCGCGCAGGUGUACUGACUUGGUUUGCGAAACCACUCAUCGAACAAAACCGCACCACAAUUGCUUCAUUAUUAAAAAAGAAUGGUUACAAAACAGCUUGUAUCGGCAAAUGGCAUCUUGGUUUUGACUGGGCGCUGCAACCUGGUGCACCGGCUAACGCAGACAGCAUGAUCUUCGACUCCUGGGACGUGAAUACCCAAGACUAUAUCGAUUUUUCCAAACCUGUAAAAGGCGGACCGAUAGAAAGAGGUUUCGACUAUUACUAUGUAACAAUAAUACUUUCGUUACCAGCCGCAAACGCACAACAACCUGGGAAAAAAAUGAAUGUUAUCUUUUUCCUGGUGGAUGAUCUCGGCUGGAAUGAUGUGCAAUGCAACAAUCCCAAUUCAUUUUAUGAAACACCGAACAUAAAUGCCUUUGCACAACAAGGCACCCGAUUUACCAAUGCUUAUGCAGCCUGCCAUGUAUGCUCACCCACCCGCGCCAGUAUCAUGACUGGCAAAUACCCAGCGCGCCUGCAGUUGACAGAUUGGUUGCCCGGAAGGAAGAACUAUCCAUUCCAGAAAUUAACGAAUGCCGAAACACGCCAGUAUCUUCCCUUCGAAGAAAAAACGAUAGCAGAAACUUUCAAAGAGAAUGGGUACCGUACCGCCAUCUUUGGGAAAUGGCAUUUGGGUGAAGACAGUUCGUCUCCUUUACAGCAUGGAUUUGACUACCGUCAAUUGAUGAGCGGACUGGAUGCUAUGAACAAUAAGGCGAGCAAUGUGCUGACUGGUCGUGGAUUGAUCAGGCGUGAUGUAACCAUUAUGCCCGAGGUAUUUCGUGACAAUGGUUAUCACACGGGGAUAUUUGGAAAAUGGCACCUUGGUGAUGUCUAUCCAGACCGCCCGAUGGACCGGGGUUUUGAAAAAAGCAUCUGGACGAAAGGUUGGGGACUUUUAUCCGAAACUGAAUUUGAUAACGAUUAUUAUCACACACGAUACCAGGAUAGCCUGGAAUUAAAAUAUUCAAAUAAAUAUUGCAGUGACCUCUGGUUUGAUGAAGCAAUGAAAUGGAUGGAUGGACUUGUCGGACAAUCGGAACCGUUUUUCACCUAUAUCCCGCUUAAUGCACCUCAUGGACCAUUUUAUGCGCCGGAAGAUGAAGCUGCUUAUUAUCGCAAAAUUGUCGGUGAUAGUGUAAUCGGGUCUUUUCUCGGUAUGGUCAGCAAUAUUGAUAAAAACAUGGCGCGGCUCGAUGAAUGGCUGGUAAAGCGGCACCUAAAAGAAAACACGCUCGUGAUAUUUAUGAACGAUAAUGGCGGUACCGGUGGUGUGAAACUAUAUAACGCAGGCAUGCGGGGUGAGAAAACAAGCGUGUACGAUGGAGGUCAUCGCGCAGCUUGUUUUGUAAGCUGGCCCGGCGGCAGGCUUGGUCCGCCACGCAGCAUUGACUAUGCAUCAAACAUACAAGACUUGCUUCCUACGUUUAUAGAUCUAUUCGGUUUUAAGUUAAAAAAGAAGCAAUCUUUUGACGGUAUCAGUCUUAAAAAAGUAUGGCAACAACCCGGCAGGCAUUUUGACAACAGGAUGUUCGUGGUGCAAUACACGGGUAAAGAAAAACCGGAAAAGUAUUUUAGCAGUGUGGUGUGGGACAAUUGGCGGCUUGUGAACGGAAACGAGCUAUAUGAUAUCAGCAAGGAUCCGGGUCAGCAAAACGAAAUUGCUGUAGCGCAACCGGCAGUUACAGCCAGGUUGAAAGCUCAUUAUGAGAAAUGGUGGAAGAAGUUGGAACCCGUUGUCUUUGAUUAUGUACCGGUAAUGAUUGGCAGUAAAAAAGAAAAUCCAGUAUUGUUAAGUUCUAAUGGUUGGAUAGGAGCGGGCGGUAUCAAUACUCAAUGGGGCGUGGCCAUGGCCAAUGGCGAUGUACAUGGCGGUACCUGGCAGAAACUGGCCUAUGCAGCGGGAUUGAUCGAACAAUCCGCUGCGAAAUUUAUUUUCUCCCGUAGACCAGUGAAGUUUCUUCAUGCGUUAUUGGAAUUGAUUGGCGUACCGGCUUUACGGCAGAACCAUCGGCCAGCGACGGCGAUCGAUGUACCACAGCCGGAAACGCAUGAUGAGCAGUAA